AUGUUUGUCAUCUUUCAACUUUGGGCGAACGUGGUCGCGAUUCAGAGUGAAUCCUAUAAAAACUGCCCAACCUAUCAGCUGAAUCGUCGUCUUUUUUCGGGAAAGCAAAGUGCGCAGAGUUUUGGUCGAAAGAAGCGUCUUUUUGAUGGUCGAAUCACUAUUAGCGAAGUCCACCCUCUUCGCUCCAUUCGUUGUGAUCUCUGUGGUCGUUGCUCUCUUCGAAAUGAACGGCACUGUUAUGUUCUGGGCACAUGCAUUGGAGUGGCCAAUUUUCGCUACUAUGCCGCUUUCAUGAUCUACUUGGCAGUGUUGUGUGCGUACAGUCUCACAUGGAUCAUUUCGUAUCAUUGGAGAUUGAAGAUUGAAUACAUUUUUCCUUCAUCGAUUGGUCGUUUAACACGGGUGUUGAGUCAAAUUGGUCAUAUGCGCAUGGUUGUCGGGGAGAUCUUUCAUCAAAUGUACUUUCAAUACGAGCGUGUCGUCGCCUACAAAAAACCGAUCUACUUCACUUUUUCGUGUUUCAUAUUUGCUGCAAUGGGUCUAUUCGUCGCAUUGUGUCUUAUCAUUGAAAUGGUCUAUGAUAUCUACCAUGGAAUUGCGGUUCGAGAGCGACCAUAUUUAUCGUUGAAAAUCAAAGGAGACGAUGAUAGGACAAGUUUUGGUGAAAGAUUGCGUUUUCUAUUCGGAAAAUCGUUUCCAUUGGGUUUACGGUGGCCAAGGCGGUGGGAGGAUGUCGACUGGAGUGAGUCGUUCAUUGAAACUCUUCUUUUGAAGGCAUUACUCGACGAUGACGAGAAGACGAAAAAAAAAAAUGAUGCGAUAAAUGAAACAAUUUUAGAUACAGGAAACAUAAACUUUGUCAAUAAAUCGUCAAAUAUUCAAUUUGAAACAGAUGCCCUGAAA